AUGAAUUGCACUUAUCACAUAGAACGUCCAAUAACUUUGAUAUGUGUUGGUCCUCACCUAUGUUAAAGGAAACUUUGCAUAGAAUGCCUACAUGAAAGAGAACACGAUGCCCAUAAUACAAUUCUGAUUGAUAAAUUUAGAGAAGAAGUACUCGUGAAAUUAAAAGAAUAUGAACUGGAUUAACAAUCAGAAUUUUUCAAAUAUGAAAUGAAUUUGAAAUCAAUGUUCUCUUAAACUUUAACUAAGACGAAGAAAGUUUGGGAAGAAUUAUCAGUUUUUAUUUUUUCAAUAUUGGAUAUGAUUGAAAUGGAAAAUAAAUCAUAUACCAAGCUUAUCAAUGAAAAUAAUCUAGCAGAAUAUUCAUAUUCAGAUUUAGAAAAAUUAGUGCAAAUGGUGAAAGGAAAAGUACUCGAUGAUUGGGAUGUUUAAAAGAGUUUUUUUUUAGUUAAAUUACAAAAAGCCUAAUCAUAAUUUGAGGAAGAAUUAUAAACCUUCAUUUAUAAAAUUUAAGAAAAUGUGAAAGGAAUACUUUCAAGCAUAAAGUAUCAAUCAAUAACUAUUUUGAAUAGGAUAAAGAGAAUAGAACCGUUUGUAUGGAAAGAAACCACUCAAGAGCUUACAGGAAUUGAUUGGGAUUAUAGAUAUAAACCCCCAUUACAAACAAAAAUUAACCUAUAAAUAACUUUCACUAAUAAUAAAGAAAUAUAAUACUUGAUGAACGGAUAAAUUAUAAGAAGGUAUAUUUCUUGAUGUAUGAAUUGGUUUAGAGAUUUGAUAAAGGACACUUCAUAGAAUCCUGAAAUAAUGACCAAUCUAGAAUAAAUAAAAUUUCUUACAUGGACUGAAGAAUAUAACAAUUGUAAUUAGAAGAUUGGUAAAUCGAUGGCUUUCUGGGAUUGUUAAACAAAUUCGAUUGCAGGUGGAUAGUACUCAAAUGAAGGAUAGAAGGUAGGUCUAUGGAAAGAAAUACGAAAAAAUUUUUCGAAGUAAUUUACAUAAUUUAUUUAUUAGUGAAGCCAAGGUUUUCGAAGUAGGAGAAUAUGUUAAAGGUUUGAGGUAGAGUAGUUGGAAUUACAUUUAUGAAGAUAAAGAGAUGUAUUAAUAAAGUUAUUGAAUUAUAGAAUUGGAGGAGAGUAUUGUAAAAAAGGAAGGAAAAAUGGCAUGUGGUUAGAGUUGAGUGACAGUUUUGGAAAAUAUUUCCAAGGUUAUUUUGAAGGAGAAUAUAAAAAUGGUAAAAAAGUUGGAGGAUGGAAUAUUUUGUGUCAAAAGGAGAACCCUGAUCAUAGAGAAAAGAUGUAAACAAUAUAUAAUAAUGAGCCAAAUUAAUAAAUAAUUUAUGUUAAGUGGUGGGGGUUAUUAUGAUGAUCUAGGGGAUGAAAUUAAGAUUGGACAAUGGAUUGAAUUUGAUGAUAUGCUUUAUCAUUCUAAAAAAGUAAUUUAUAGAGGUGAGUAUAAAAAUGGUAAAAAAGUUGGUAAAUGGUGCAUUGAGUAUAAACACGACAGUAGCGAUUCAUUUACAUAAAUGUAAAAUAUUUUAUAAUCAUGUACAAUCUUUAAAUAUGGGUAUUUAGUGGUGGAGGAUCAUAUGAUUAAGAAGGGAAUGAAAUUAAAAUUAACGAAUGGUUAGAAUUAGAUGAUCAAUUUAGAGAUAUUAAAUAGGUAACGUAUAAAGGUGAAUAUAAAAAUGGUAAAAAAGUUGGUAGAUGGUUUAUCAAGUAUACUCCUGAUAGCAGUCAUUCAUUUUCUUAAUUGUAGAAUAUUUUAUAUAAAAUAUCAACUUAAAAAUUGUGAAUUAAGUGGUGGUGGAUCAUAUGAUUAAGAAGGGAAAGAAAUUAAGAUUAGUGAAUGGUUAGAAUUAGAUGAUCAAUUUAGUGAUAUUAAAUAAGUAACAUAUAAUGGUAAAUAUCAAAAUGGGUAAAAAGUUGGGUUAUGGAAAAUAUUUGAUUAAUAAAAUUUGAAGUAUGCAAACAAGAAAUAUAUAUAUUUUAGGGGUGUUACAUAUUAUGAUAUUAAUGGCAUUGAAAUUUAUUAGAGCAGAGAGUAUUAGUUUAUUAUUUAAUAAUACAGAGAAAUCAUAUAUUUUGGGGAAUUUUAAAAUUAACAAAAAAUUGGUGGAUGGGAUAUAUAUUAUUUACACUAAAAAAUGUAAUAAAUAUAUAAAGUGCUGUUAGUGGUGGAGGAUCAUAUGAUGAUGGAGCUUAAAACAUUAAGAUUGGUUAUUGGACUGAGUUGGAUUAAGGAUUUAAUGAUGAAAAAUAAGUAACUCAUAGAGGCAAUUUCAACAAUGGUAGAAAAGUUGGUAUAUGGAAUAUUUGUUACAAAAAUAAAUCUGUGUAACACUAUUUUAUAAAGAGCUUAAUUGAUAAAAUAUGCUAUAAGUGGUGGAGGAUCAUAUAAUGAAGAAGGUGAAAACAUUAAGAUUGGAAAAUGGCUGGAAUUGGAUUUAGGAUUUAAUGAAAGGAACUAGCUAACUUUUGGAGGUCAUUAUAACAAUGGUAGAAAAGUUGGUUAAUGGAAGAUUCUUUAUAAAAACAAAUAUGUGUAAUACUAUUAUGUAAAGUGCUUAAAAAUAAUGAUGCGUAAUAAGUGGUGGGGGAUCUUAUGAUGAAGGAGGUGCAAACAUUAAGAUUGGGUAUUGGACUGAGUUGGAUUAAGGAUAUAAUGAUACAAAAUAAGUAACUCAUAGAGGCUAAUUAUCAAAUGGUAGAAAAGUUGGU